UAACCUGCGGUAUAACCUGCGGUAUAACCUGCGGCACAGCAGUGGUGCCCUUUGUUCCCAGGCUUCGAGCUCUGACUUCCGAUGUACUCCUUCCUCUGCGGCGUGUGCGUGCGGUCACGGUGACAAGUGGUUGCUGAGGCCAAAUCUCACCAGCUUCAGAAUAUAACUUAUAAGAACAUCCUACUUCACAUCGGCAAUCAUCGACCAUGGAAUCGGGCCUUUCUACGCGUAUGGCAAGAUCCUUGCACGAGCUUCGCCCUAAAUCUGCCGCACUCGCACCAUCUCCCAAAUACAAUCCCUCUACUGCCAUUGACCUGUCCAAUGGCCAGAAUGAGGUUCUGCGGCGUGAACUACUGGACUUCUUCGCGUCAACAGUCGAAGACAAGCUCUCGAGCGAGCAUUUCUCCCGUCCCCCAUCAGACGGCGGAGACAGCGCUUGCCGCGAGGCGUUGGCCUCCUUUUUCAACACUUACUUCCAUCCGAUCCACCCGGUCAGGUCAGAGCACAUCGUGGUAACGGCAGGGGCGAGCGACGCUUUGGAGAGCUUGAUAUAUGCAAUAUGUGACGACGGGGACAGUGUCAUUGUGCCCGGCCCUUACUGGCAUGGCUUCGACCCUCUCUUCAAAACGAGGACGAACGUGAACACAAUCGUUGCUCGCCCUCCGACAUAUCACAACUAUGACAACUACCUCAUGCCGUCCUUGUUAGCCGCCUACAAUUGUGCCGAGGAUCGAGAGCGAAUCAAGGCAGUUGUGAUAUGCAACCCUCACAAUCCUCUCGCGCGGUGCUACCCCAGGAAAGAGAUUGUGGAAUGCAUGGAAUUCUGUCAGGAGCGGGGACUUCACCUUAUCUCAGACGAAGUAUUUGCCUUGGCCUCAUUGCAAGAUGCACCAGACGAUGCUCCCGCAUUCGCUUCGGCACUGUCGCUCACCGAACCGCUUGCUCCUGAGGGAGCUGUGAAGAUUGAUCCCAGUCGAGUGCACGUCGUGUGGAGCGCUAGCAAGCUGUUUGGUUCAAGCGGGCUUCGAGUGGGUUGCUUCAUUUCCCAGCAGAACCCGCAGCUCUGCACCGCAAUGGGUAUGCUGACAGCUGCGCAUACCAACAACAUCGCGACGCUUUACCUCUCCUCCCUUCUUAACUGGUCUCAACUCCCAACUCUGCUUGCUCUAAACUCGGAGCGUCUGACGGCAUCAUACCGACUUCUCGCACAAGCAUUGCGGCAGUGGAACGUCGACUUCGUCACCCCAACCCACGGCAUCUUUGUCUUUGCUAAGCUGGGCAUGAAAGUCAGGAGCGUCGUGGAAGAGAAGGCGUAUUUCAAUCGCCUUGCUGUGCAGGGGGUCCGAAUCAGCCCAGGGCGAUUCUAUAAUGGAGUCGAGUUGGAGUAUGGAUGGGCGCGGAUUCGAUUCUCGGUCUCCAUCGAGGUCAUGGUUGAGGCGUUGAAGCGCAUAGCCGCUUUUCUCGCAAAGGAGGACGCCUGAGAGACGUGUGCACUUGCCAUUGGUGGUUGGAGUUGCGAUUGGAGGCAAUGACGGACAGAGCGGAGGGAGGCUUCGUUGGACUGCGGGUCAAAAACAAUGCGCUUCUUCAAUGCGCUUCUUCAAUGCGCUUGAUGGGCAUGCCUACUGUGUAAGCCUUUCCUGGACAUGCGUCCUGUGGAUUUUCAUUCAAUAAUUCAAAAGUUGCCCGUGGCCUUGAGCGGCCCGCGAGGCAGUGAGAGACUUGAGGCAAUAGUCCACGUUCCCAUGUAGGAACAAAAAAGUAACUGCCCGCUGACAGAUUCGAACUGUCGACCUUAUCAUAGCAUAGUACUAGUGAUACGCGCUACCCCUGAGC